ACACAGUGACCAUCAGAACCAGGAAGUUCAUGACAAACAGACUGCUUCAACGAAAGCAGAUGGUGAUUGAUGUUCUUCACCCUGGAAAGGCCACAGUCCCCAAAACAGAAAUCAGGGAAAAGCUGGCAAAAAUGUAUAAGACAACCCCUGAUGUAAUUUUCGUCUUUGGCUUCAGAACUCAUUUUGGUGGUGGCAAGACAACAGGUUUUGGCAUGAUCUAUGAUUCCCUCGACUAUGCAAAGAAAAAUGAACCAAAACAUAGGCUUGCCAGGCAUGGCUUGUAUGAAAAGAAGAAGACUUCCAGGAAGCAGCGAAAGGAGCGUAAGAACAGAAUGAAGAAGGUCAGGGGCACAGCCAAGGCAAAUGUUGGUGCUGGCAAGAAGAAGAAAUGAAGUAUCUAGCAGUAAACGAACAUAUUUCAGAUGGGAAAUGGAUAACAGACUACAUUAUUGUAUGAAGAAGUACAGAGAGAAUUAUUCUGGAAAGAAGCUGCACAUCUAGCUUUAACAUCAAAUAAACUAUGUCAAUAAAAUGCUGGCUUGCCCUUUGGUUUUGAUUUGAAAGCUACCAUUUUGUAAAGUUUGAGAAAUUCAGGAUUGGUGUGCUGUUUUGCACUGUAUUAAAAUCUUUUCAUAAUUAAA